AUGUGGGACACAUUCUUAUACCGCGGCGCCUUUGCCCUCUCGCUAGUCCCGGGCGUGUUCGGCCUGUCUGCAAUGAUCCAGCCAGAGAUCACACUAAAGAUGGUUGAAUUCCCUAUCCCGACAGAGCCUCAGAGUCGGAAACUUGCCUUGUCUUUUUGGCGGCUGCACGGCACUCGCAAUCUCGUCAUUAGCUAUCUUCUUGUCAACAAUGCCCUCACUGGAGAUAGGAGACUUAUGGGGAUGGGGUUGAUUGGAACGGUAUUCAUUGUUUUGGUUGAUGGGUUCGUGAGCAGGUCGCUCAUUGGUGGUAAGGAGUGGUUUCACUGGGGAUAUAUACCUGUUUAUGUUGCAUUCAUUGGCGGGUUGCUCUACUCUGAGUGA